AUGAUCGAGAAAACAGCACCUUUUCAUCAAACUGGAAAACCCCUCAGACAACCCAUUGUUCUCGCUAUCAUAAUCUACUACCUCACAUCCCAAACCUCACUUUCACUCUUGCUUUCAUCCCAUCCUACGCCCCCUCCAAUUCCAAUUCUUCCCAUUCCAACUUCACAGCAAAUCUCAUGGCAACUCACAGAAAUGGCGAUGUUCUUGCACUUUGGUACCAAUACUUUCACAGACUCGGAGUGGGGUACAGGGCAUGUAGAUCCUUCUGUGUUCAACCCCACUGCAUUAAAUGCCUCGCAGUGGGUCAAUGUGGCCAAAGACAACGGAUUUUCAAGAGUUAUAUUGACUGUAAAACACCAUGAUGGAUUCUGUCUUUGGCCCUCCGAGUAUACUGAUUAUUCCGUGAAGUCUAGCUCUUGGAGAAAUGGAACUGGUGAUGUGGUGAAAGAGUUGACCGAAGCUGCUAAGAGUGCUGGAGUGCCUUUGGGAGUUUAUCUUUCUCCUUGGGAUAGACACGAGCCUACUUAUGGGGAGACUCUUGACUACAACGAGUAUUAUAUGGGGCAGAUGACCGAGUUGCUCACUAGAUAUGGUGAAAUAAGAGAAGUUUGGUUGGAUGGUGCUAAAGACACAAGGUGGGUUGGAGAUGAAUCUGGUGUUGCUGGGACCACAUGCUGGUCUCUUUUCAAUCGAAGUGCUAUUAAGAUUGGGGAUACUAAUCCUAAAUACUCUGGAGAAGGAGAUCCUCUUGGCCACGAUUGGGUACCUGCAGAGUGUGAUGUCUCCAUCCGACCUGGAUGGUUUUGGCAUGCGUCGCAAGUACCAAAAUCUGCAAUUACUUUGCUUGAUCUGUACUACAAGUCAGUUGGAAGAAACUGUCUUUUGUUGUUAAAUGUGCCUCCAAAUUCUUCAGGUCUUAUAUCACAAGAAGACAUACGAGUCCUUGAGGAAUUUUCAGAGAUUCGGAAAUCCAUAUUUUCCUACAAUCUAGCGAAAGGUGCUCUUAUUUCUGCAAGCAGUGUAAGGGACGGUCCAAGUGAUUCCCGUUAUGGUCCUCACAAUGUUCUUGAGGAAGGUAUCUAUUCAUACUGGGCUCCUGGUAAGGCACAAUCGCACUGGGUGUUAAAUUUAGACUUUGAAGAGGUUGUGAGUUUUAAUGUAUUGCUAGUGCAAGAGCCAAUCCAUAUGGGUCAGCGGAUUAUAGAAUUCCAUGUCGACUUCUUGAACAAAGAAGGUGAAUGGGAAGAGGUCGUACAUGGUACCACAGUGGGAUAUAAAAGGCUGUUAAGAUUUUGGAAAGUUGAAUCCAGUAAGUUAAGGGUUGUUAUUGACAAGUCUCGGGCAGAUCCUCUUAUUUCUUAUUUGGGAAUAUACAAGGAUCCAUUUGCUAUAUUGGGACGUGUCUCUAACUUUAGCUCUACAUCUAUCUCCAAGGAUGGCAAACCUCGUCAGCAAAAUAUGUACCAUAAUUCCCCCCGUGUUUCCUCUUUCUAA